CUGAAUUUAGAUAGCAGAGAAUUCAUUGUCUGAAACAGAUAUUGGUAGGAUCUGCAUCUAUUUUCAACAACCCUGAUUCAAAUUUCAAUCGGGAUAAUAGAGGAGAAGCAUUGAAUCAAUAAACUUGCUUGUUAGAAGAUAAAAUUUCAGGUCUAAUAGUUGGGAACUGUAAAUUAAAUAGCAGAGACGUGCUUGUGUUCUAGCAUUUUUUAUGAUGUGGGACAAAGUGAAUUGAUGGAGUCAGUGUUCAGUAGCUCCUAAACCAUGCUAAGAAGGAAUCUACUAUUCUUUCCCAGAAGCAUAACAAACACUUCACUGAAUUUCACAUCCACAGCUUCAUCUCCAUCCGCUUCUCUGCUAUUGGACUCGUACUGUGAAACCAAUCCGCAUGUGGAUCUCUACUCCAACAACCGAGCAAUUGAUUCAUUGAUCAAAUCUGGGUCCCUAGCCUCUGCCCUUCACUUGUUCGAAAAAAUGCCCAUCCGUGACGUAGUUACUUGGAAUUUGCUAAUUAAUGGGUAUCGUCAGCAUGAACUUACCAAACAGGCUUUUCAGUACUACAGUGAAAUGGUUUUCCAGGGCAUUAGAGAAAGUUCCUCCACUUUUUCUUCUGUUUUGAGCGUUUGCAGCAAUGCAGGUUUGCACCAGGAGGCAAUUCAAGUUCAUAGCAGGGUGAUUUUUCUCGGGUUCAGUUCGAACUUGUAUGUGGCAGGUUCGCUUGUUGAUCUUUAUAUGCAGAUGGGAGACUGUGAUACUGCCUUAAGAUUGUUCAGUAACUUGCCUAGAAGAAAUUUGGCUAUAUACAAUUUGGUUUUACGUGAGUUUUGUGAACUUAGUCGAUCGGAAUGGUUAUUCACCAUGUACUCUGCAAUGAAAGAAGAAUGUGUUAAGCCGAAUGGCCUUACUUUCUGUUAUUUAAUUCGCGGAUGUGGUAACGGUAGGUUUUGUGACGAGGGGAAGCAGCUGCAUUGUCAUGCAAUUAAGGUUGGAUGGGUAGAAGCUAAUUUAUUUGCUGCUAAUGCUUUGGUGGAUUUUUACUCUGUUUGUGGGAAUUUGAUUGGCGCUAAGAAAUCAUUUGAAGCUAUUCGAGAUGAGGAUGUCAUAUCAUGGAAUUCAAUUGUUUCUGUGUUUGCUGCUAGUGGUUUGCUUUCUGAUGCUCUUGAACUAUUUGCUAGGAUGCAGUCAUGGGGGAAGAAGCCGUCCAUCCGUUCAUUUGUGGGAUUCCUAAAUGCAGCUAUUGGAUGUGACAAUAUUAUUUUUGGGAAGCAAAUUCAGAGUCAUGUUGUGAAAUUGGGUUUUGCUCCUGGGAGUGUCCAUGUCGAAUCUGCCUUGAUCAAUAUGUAUGGGAAAUUUGGCGACAUCAAAAGCUCAGUAUCUGUGUUUGAGAGUGUGCCUGAGAGAACUCUGGAGAUUUGCAACUCACUGAUGUCAUCUUUGUUGCACUGUGGUAUUGUUGAAGAUGUGCUGGAGAUGUUUGGUUUAAUGGUUGAUGAGGGAAUUGGAGUUGAUGAAAUCACUUUGUCCACAACACUAAAGGCAUCGUUAGUAUCUGCUUUUGGAAGUUUGGCAUGCUGUAGAUUGCUGCAUUGUUGUGCAAUAAAAUCAGGUUUUGAAUUCGAUACUGCAGUUUCAUGUUCUUUAAUUGAUGCAUAUUCAAAAUAUGGUCAUGUCGAACUUUCACAUCAGAUUUUUGAACAACUUCAUUCACCAAAUGCAAUCUGUUUCACUUCAAUCAUUAAUGGGUAUGCACGGAAUGGAAUGGGCAGAGAAGGCCUUGAAAUGCUUGAAAUCAUGACUAAACAGGGCCUGAAACCAGAUAGAGUGACACUUCUGUGUGCAUUGACAGGGUGCAGUCAUUCAGGGUUGGUUGAAGAAGGAAGAUCGGUGUUUAACUCAAUGAAGAGUAUUCAUGGCAUUCACCCAGAUCAGCAGCAUUAUUCAUGUAUGGUAGAUCUUCUGGGUCGUGCAGGUCUGUUAGAUGAAGCUGAAGGACUGUUAAAACAUGCCCCAGCAAAGAGCGAUUCUGUGAUGUGGAGCUCACUGCUGCAAAGUUGUAGGAUCCAUGGUGAUACUAUAGUAGGAAGAAGAGCAGCAAAAGUCUUGAUGGAGCUGGAACCUGAGGACCCUGCAACUUAUUUGCAAGCUUCAAGCUUUUACUCUGAAAUUGGGGAGCUUGAGAUCUCAAUGCAAAUCAGAGAGAUUGCAAUUGCAAGAAGAAUGAAGAGAGAGAUGGGUCACAGUUUAAUUGCGGUGAACAGUCACAGUUAACAUUAGAAUUACCUUGUACUGAGAGAAGAAGGAAAUCAGCCAACCGAUGGGAACAGCUGACAACCUCCUAACAACAUGGUGGUUUCAUCUAUAUUUUCAUGCUGCUGAAUCCUUGGACUUUCUAGUUAUGAAUUAACAGGGUCAGGUUUCAAUUGCUUUGUUGGUCUGACUAAUCAGUUGACUUCUUUUUCUAUUCAUUGUUUAUUACUAUUUUUUUUUUGUACAAUACUUUUAUACAAUUGAAGUUGUCACGGAAAAUAAAUAUGGCUUUUCAGAUUCAUUUUAAU